CCAGCGCCAGCAGACCCGAUGCUCUAUGCCGACAAGAGAGCGCUCGAGACCAACCUGAAGGUCAACCUGCUCGCGAUUCGUGAAAAGGAGCUCAACUACUACACGCAGAACUGCCAGGCCGUGGGGACGCAGGCGGCGCUGCUCGCGGGGUUCGCGUACUCGGGCCUCACCCAGGUGGCCAUCCCGCACGACCGCGCGUACGCGCUGCGAAUCGCGUACCUCCUCGUGACGACGACGGCGAUGUGCUUUGAGCUGAUCGCGGUGCUGAACACGACGCUGCUCUCGAUGAUGGGGCCGGGGCUGGCGCUGCGCGGUCCGGACGGCUCGAUGCACCCCGCCGUCGACGGGAUGAUGACCGAGUACCGCACCGCCUACUACUGCUUUGUGCUCGGCCUCGUCUUUUUCCACUUUUCGGCCGCCCUCUUCUCGUGGCUCAUCUACGUGCACUGGUCGGUCUCGACGAUGGUCACGCUCUGCAUAUGCGGCUCGCUCUUGCUGCUGACGCGCUACGCGAAGCGCGUCUACCUGCGCUUCCGCCUCCCUGCAGAGAUGGCGCCUUCGAGGCGAGCGACGUGGCCGCCGCCGCCGGGCCCGUCGUCCAGCGGGGCGACGCCGCGAGCGGGUACGUGUCGCGCGAGCAGGCGCAGCUCAUUGCGAGCAGCAAUCAGUGACUCGAGGGGGGGGGGGAGGGGAAGGAGGGACCGGUACAGUGCCGCCCAUGUCCAGUACGUUUGUCUGUCCUGCGCGGCGCGGGGCCCGCGCUUCUCGCGGGCGCCGCCUCUUUCGUGUCGCUCGCUCCCCACUGUGUGUGUGCUGCGUGUGGGUCUCUCUGGUUCCUCUCCUCGCACCUCGGCUGGCAGAGGAGCCACAGAGAUGAGGGAAGACACGACGUUGUAUAGCUGCGUGAGGAGCUGCGUGUGUAGGCAUGCUGUGUUUUGUUACGGGCGCACACGGUGAAUGCGGAU